GCCGACCGGUGUCAACUUGUCAGAACCGGUUUACGCCGGAAAAAACCGGUUCGCGCGUGUUCACCUGACAUCGUAACGAGAAAAUUAUCGCGGACUCUUAAAUAUUUUUUCAGGCGCUCUGUAAAUUCUUUCGUGAUUGGAAUUUCCUUGCUGUUUGUGGGUUUAGCCGUUAAUGAAAUAGUUUUAAGGAUUUUUGUGUAGAUAUUAAGAAUUGAUAAAAGUUUAUGAUUCCAUAGUGUUAAGUACAAAUUCUUCUUGGAUAAUAAUUUAUUGAGUGUGUGAAUGUGUUGUGAUGUCUUUAUGGAUUUUUAACAUAUUAAUCGCAAUAACGGUGAACUAGAGGGGUGACUCGCAAAAAUGUAAUUAAAAAGUUGUGGAGUGUGUGUUUAUUAUUUUAUGACCAUCAUCAAGUAUGGAGUGUGUACAUUGGAGUCCCACAAGGGUUCUCGCGUUGUGGAUGCUUUUAAUUGGGAGCUUCAAUAUUGCAGGCCUCACCCACGGGCCGGUGCCAGCCGCCAUGGCGGAGUCUCUGGACGCGGCGCGGGUGUCGGCGGUGUCGGGCGGCGAGGCGACACUGCCGUGCGACACUCGCUCGCCUCAGCUGCCCGACGCUCUGCUGCUCGUCGUGUGGUAUAAGGACGACGUGCCUAUUUACAGCUACGACGGGCGAGUAAAAGACGCGAAGGCGCACUGGGCAGACGACACGCUGAAGGGGCGCGCGCUCUGGCACGCCAAGGCUCCGUCGUCGCUCCGCAUCCGGGACGUGGUGGCCACGGACCGCGCGCUGUACCGCUGCCGAGUCGACUUCAAGGUGUCGCCCACUAGGAACCAGAAGAUCGUGCUCGAUGUUGUCGAGCUUCCUGAAAAGCCGAAGAUCUUCGACGAGCUCGACAAGGAGGUGAUCGGGGUGGCGGGCCCGUACCGCGAGGACGCGAGUCUCAAGCUGACUUGUGUUGUAAGUGGAGGUAAACCAAUGCCGCGCCUGCGGUGGUGGCGCGACGACAAGGUCGUAGCCACACUCGCGCCCUUGGACGACGGUUCAAGGUUAAGUCUUCUAGAGCUGAAGAUACCCAAGUUGACCAGGGACUACCUGGAGGCGGUGUAUACGUGCACGGCCGACAACACACCCCUAGUACCUCCGUUGAGGGCGAACGUGCAAAUACAACUUUAUUUGCGUCCUCUCCUCGUCGAGAUCCUGGCUCGGGAGCAGCCUCUGUCGGUGGGCCAGGAGGCGGAGGUGUCGUGCCGCGCGGUGGGCGCGCGCCCGCCCGCCCUCGUCACGUGGUGGCUCGACGGGAAACAACUGACGGGCGCCGAGAUGCAGACACAGAACUCAGACACAGCAGACCCAGCCAACGAGACAAUAUCUGUCCUUCGCUGGACGCCGCGCAUGGAGCACGACCGCCGCGCGCUGACCUGUCGCGCGGCGCACGCCUCUCUCGAACACUCCGCCAUAGAGACCACCAUGUCGCUUCAUUUGCAUUAUAUGCCCAUAGUGUCGCUGGAGUUAGGCUCAAAGUUGAACCCUAACGACAUAGAAGAAGGUGAUGACGUGUACUUCGACUGCGUGGUCAAAGCCAACCCGCCCGCCUACAAAGUGGUUUGGGAGCAUAACGGGCAGUUGAUGACUCACAACCAGAGGGCUGGGGUGAUAGCGGGGUCGGCACACCUCGCUCUACAGGGUGUUUCAAGAGAACAAGCUGGCAAGUACGUCUGUACUGCGUCCAACGUGGAGGGAGACGGAAAAUCAUCCCCUGUCAGCUUGCAGGUUAUUUAUAAGCCUAUAUGCGCUACGAAGAUCCAUUCCCCCCUGAUAGUGGGAGCAGCCCUAAACGAGGCCGUACGGGUCACCUGCGAGGUGGACGGGUUCCCCAUACCGAAGAACUUUCAGUGGACAUUAAAUAAUUCAAUGGGAACUCAAGAACUAGACGCCGCAAAGUUCACGAUCGAGACGCAUUCAGGCCGCUCGAUCCUAAACUUCACGCCGAGCACAGAAGCGGACUACGGGUCGCUGGCGUGCAGGGCCACCAACCUGGCGGGGCAGCAGAUCGAGCCGUGCAGAUACACCGUGCUGCCGGCAGUCAAGCCGGACCCUCCGCUCAAUUGUACUGCUCUGAAUCUGACCGACGAUGCCGUGGAGCUACGGUGUUCUGCUGGCUAUGACGGCGGCCUUCGUACCACGUACUACGUGGAGGCGUGGGCGGCGGGAUCGCUCGUGGCAAAUUCCACUGCUGCUUCGCCUCUGUGGAGACUGCGCGCUCUCGGUGCCGGGCGAGCAUUGAAGAUGGUGUUCUAUGCACAUAACGCACGAGGCCGGUCCGAAGCUGUGACGCUGAGGAUACAUACACUGUCGCGGUUGGCGCUGCAUACGGAGGCUAAAAGCAGCAGCGGGUGGGACAUGAGCUGGGCGCUGGGCUCCGCCGCGGGGCUGGCCGGCGCGCUCGUGCUGGUCCUCUGUCUCGCGCUGCUGCUGAAGAAGCGGACCCACCGACCCAUGCAGUAUGAAGCUCCGCUCCAGAGCUCAAAAGGCUACAAAGGCACAAUACAGAGUAAUAACCAUUCGCCAAUACAACCAGACGACAAGAACCCGGAUGUGGUACCACUCGGAAAAGACUUCAACUGCGCCCGCGAGGCCGACCGGCCGCCGGAGCCGCCGCCCUACGGCGCCGUGGUGUCGCCGCCAGCCGCGUCGCGGAGCUCGGGCAGUCUGCACGACGCGCGGGCGCACACGCCGCACACGCCCAACACGCCGGCUUCUGAUGCUCAGAGCAUCGGGACCCUGGCCGAGGACCGGCGCUCCGUGACAAGCGGCACUCUGUCACGACGGAGAGAAGUCGUCACGACAAGAACGCCGCUACUAGCCAACGCUAGAGAGAGCUGCGUCUAAACGCAACCCCUACUUCACUACACGUUUAUUUUAGUUUAAAUUUUUUGGACAAAUUUAUAAAUAACUAGACAAAUAUACUCUCUAUUUACAUGUUUGGUUUACUACUGUCUGUUUACGUAGACUUUGAUGUGUUCACGGAUAAAGUUUUUUCGAAACCAAGAGGACAGGGUCUCGGUUCUUUUUUUAGCGCAACUAUUUUUCGGUAUGUAUUUUUGGAAUGUCUGUGUAAAUAUAAAUGUAAAUCAAAAUGAUGUGAUUGUUUUGAAACCGAUUUUAAUACUCGAUAACUACUUGUAUAGCAAUUACUUACUCACGUUUGCAAAAAUUAUUAAGUUAGUUUAGGAAAAUUGAAAUUCUUUUAAGCUUUUUUAUUUACUAUUCACCGGCUGUUGUAAUACUUGUGGUCAGUUAGCAACUUGCAUUCAAUUUAAAACAGAACAAAAAUAAACUUGUUCACCUUCCAUUACGAUACAAAUUAUACUGAUUAAGCUGCCGGUGUUCUAGUUUAAAUGAAUAUUAUUAUAUCCUUGUUAUAAAAAAUAAAUUAGUUAUUUAUACAAUAUCUCAACUUGUGUUCACAUUUUUUUAAUAAAAAAGAGCCUGUAAGGAAUUUAGAACUCACUGAUUUCCGAAUAGACAAUAAAAAUAAUAAAGCGAAAUUUAGAUUUAAACUAAGUUUAAUUUUAGUUUAUAAUAAUGAAUUAAACCAUAUUUUUACGCAUGGAAGCUACUACAUCUAAGAGAUCGAGACAGAGAAGUACGUUAUCUCAUAAUAUAAAUAACAGUCAUGAUUUUAGUUAUCGAAUGUACUUUUUCACCGACUUCAAAAAAGGAAAAGGUUCUCAAUAUGUCUGUAUGUUUUUAUUUCUUUUUUCCUAUGCUAAUAUUUAUAUUUUCUUGUUAAGUAUCGGUUUUGUAUUAAAUGAAAUUUACUGUGAUGCUAUAAAUUUUUUAUCUAACUUUAAGUGUAUGAUUAUGAUAUAAUUAUGUGAAUAUGAACUAAAGUAUAUGAAAUAAUACUACUUAAUAAACGUAAAAUGUUACAAACCUAAACACUAUAUCGAAAUUAUAUUUGUAAAUAUAAGUAAAUGUAAAUAAAAGAAUUAUAAAGUCGGAAAAUGUUUGUGAAUACUAAAUUAUCGUAAAUGUUGAUGCAAUAUGUUACUACAUCAUAAUUUUAAAUUUUAGUUUCUUGCUCAAAAAUAUAAUUAAUUCUUUGUACAGAUAAAUAAUUACCUAAAUGUUUUAUUUUUAAAGUGUACAGAGGUUUUCCUUUGCAAUUAAAACUCAUUGCAUAUUAAAUAUUAGCUAUUACUUGUUUAUAUUUACUGCACUGACUAUUUUGGUGAUUCUUCAAAGACUUCUUGACAUAUCGUAAAUGUUAAGCAGGAAACAUAAUGAAUACUUAUGUGUAAAAC